AUGUCUAAGCCCAAGGUCCUUCAGCUCGGCGAAAUCGUCCUUGCCCACCAAGCAUGGGAGCGACUCUCUGAAGUUGCCGAGAUUGUGACUCCUAAAGCCACGAACAGAGAAGAGUUCAUUGCUGAAUGUAAAUCUGGCCGAUUCGAUGAUGUGGUCGCUGCCUACAGAACUUUCCCCUCUGUCAGCAUUACAGGCAUUUUCGAUGAAGAAUUAGUGCAAGCCACACCAAAAAGCUGGAGAUUCCUUGCUCACAAUGGCGCCGGAUACGAUCAAGUUGAUGCUCACGCCUGUGCUGCUAGAGAUCCUCCACUCUUGGUCUCGAACAUCCCCAGUAUCGCCGAUGACAGUACUGCCGAUACAGCUGUCUUCCUGAUUUUAGGUGCUUUGCGAAACCUCAACCCUUCUAUGCAAGCCUUGCGUGAGGGUAAGUGGAAGGGUGAACCUGCUCCUGCUCUUGGACAUGAUCCUCAGGGAAAGACUUUGGGUAUCCUCGGCAUGGGCGGAAUUGGCAGGAAUCUCAAAAUCAAGAUGGAUGUCUUUGGUAUGAAGGCUAUUUACCACAACAGAAAGAAGAUGAGCGAAGAAGACGCUGCGGGUGCAGAAUAUGUGAGCUUCGACGAGUUGUUGGCAAGAUCUGAUGUUCUGAGCUUGAAUCUACCUUUGAACCCCAAAACCCGUCACAUCAUCUCGACUGCGGAGUUUGCGAAAAUGAAAAAGGGAGUAGUCAUUGUCAACACGGCUCGCGGACCUGUCAUGGACGAAGACGCACUGGUCAAAGCCCUAGACUCGGGCCAUGUGGCUUCUUGCGGUCUCGAUGUGUUCGAGGAGGAGCCCAAAGUACACGAGGGCCUGAUUCGCAACCCUAGAUGCGUGUUGGUACCACACAUGGGCACAUGGUGCGUCGAAACUCAGACUCGCAUGGAGGAGUGGACCAUUGGAAAUGUGAGAGAGGCUGUCACUAAGGGCAAGUUGGUGAGUCCUGUGCCCGAGCACGUCAAACUGCAGUAG